UCGGGUGGCCGCCGCCGCGCAAGACGCAUGCGUAUUGCGGUUGUUGAAGGAUGCUCCGCGUCGGUCACGAUCGUCGCACUAACAUCGCUACGUCUCAACGAAAAUAAAUGCAGUGACUGAAUAGUGCUAAAUUAAAAAGUGGUAGUUAGGAAACUGAAAAUUAUAAUCAGUGAGUAGGGGUUGGAGUUGCACCCUCCGAUCGAUCGCCGAAGCCGGCUGUGACUUUUGCGAGCGGCGCUAUACUAAGAGUGAGAUGGGAUGGUGGCGACGUGGGCCGUCUUGCCUCUGCUGGCAGUUGUCGCGGGAGACGUCAUCUUCAGGGUGCCAGAGGUGUUGGUCCGACACGCGGCAGCGUCCAAGCCAGUGGGCACGGGGCGCGCGAAUACCUCCCGCGUGAACAACUCGGAGCACUUGAGGCACGAUGAGAACGUCGUGGAGGUGCGCUACGAGGAGUACUUCGUGGAGCACGAUAUCUCCACCGCCGACGCCCGCAAGGCAGCAGCAGAGCUCCACCUUGACGAUGUGCCAUCGACCCGCGCGGGCUGCGGUACCUGCAGCCGCAGCGAGAUGGAGUACUGCGAGACGCGCGUGCUGGCCGACCACUGCUGCUGCGAGCGGCGCUUCCUGCCCGAGCCGUUCCCUUGGCUGCCGCACACCUGCUACGUCGGGCCCGCGCGCUGCCGGCCAUUGGCACACGACUGCGUGCGCUACGCACGUCUAAGGGACUGCUGCUGCUAUCGCAAGCUGGCUGAGCGAUGGAAGAGUAUCCUGUCCAAGUCGUCCCGGCUGGGCGUGAGCGGCGCGUCGCUGCUGCUGCUGUCGAUGCUGCUGUUCGUGGCCUACCUGUGACACGCGCCUGCGCGCGCGCCGCUUGUGCCCGCGCACGUGUAGGCACCAGCGGCAAAGUGCACAGGAUUUAGAUCCUUAUCAACAUUAGUAUUGGCUACUGCUGGUCGUAGUUUUUCUUCAAGCCUCAUGUCGAUUCUUGGACCCUUUAAUAUAUCUGUGUAUUUGUGAAGAGGACACUUCAAUUUGUCAUGGGCAAGGGAGCUUAUCUUCUGUUGAACUGUCAGUUCUUACUAUUGUAUCAAUAUAAUUACGAAGAUAACAUUUCAAUUUCCCAAACGCGAGGAGCUUCUUCUACUCAUCUGAACCACCAGACAUUCGAUUCGUUCGACUCAUUCAGUAUGUUCAAGCUUUAAAUUGAUGAGGGUAACUGCGGGUACUUCUUCAAUCAUAACUCGUUACUGAUGCACUAUUUCACUAUCAUUAAGCGGACCGCUAUACUUUUUGACAUGUUUUUUAAAUUUAAAUAAAACUGACUGCUUCUUAUUAUCUCUUUUGUAACUAGAGAGUAGUUGAAAUAAUGAACUUUGGGCACAAUAAGAAGAAAGAAGAGAAUAGCUAUUUGUUCCUAUUCUUGAUCUUGACUCAUGGAUAAUAAUCAAACAUGUCUUGAAUGAAAUAAUUUUAAUAUAGUAGUUUUAAAUGUUCUUCGAAAUUAUAAGAAUUAAUUGUUUCGAUCGAUGUAUAAAUUGUAGAUACUUGUAAUUAAAGAAGUUUAGUGAACUAGUAAGCACUAAUUUAUUUUCAGGGCUAUAAGAUAGCUUCGUGUCUGCUUAGCUGCACUGAAUAGAAGGCUUUUUAGUUAAAUGUAAAGCUAUUUUUCCUUUGGAAUUAAAAAUAUGUUACCUUCUUGCUUGUAUUUUAGAUGUUGGAAUUUUACGCAUUUAUAUUUAAGAAAAUUAACUUUGCAAAUAUUUAAAAUAUUUUCCUUAUUUUGAAAAACCAAUGAUUUAGUUAAAUGUUACGUUGUACAAUGUUUUGGUUAGACGUUAUUUAUUUAUGUUAAGUUCAGUAUCGACGCCAAAGGUGUAUUAGUGUAAGGGGCUGUCAUGUAAUGAUGGGCUGUGUGUGUUUGAAUUAAAAUAGUUCACAGAAAUUAAAAUGAUUAACAGCAACCUAAGCUACCUAUAAUAAUUCUGUUUUUAAUGUUGUCUAAUAUACGUAAUGAUAAUUUCAAAUGUAAAAAUAAUAUAAUUAAAAAUGAAACCACGUUUCGUACACAAUUUAAAAUUGAUGUUUCAGGAGUUUCAGUUCUUUGUGAAACUGUAAUAAAGGAUUAUUUUAAUGUUUUAAUUUUGUGAACUAUUUUCCUAUACAGGGUGCGACACCAGUCUGCAUAGUUAUGGUGUGAUAGGUAAAGAAUAAGAGAGAUUGGACAAUAUUUUUGUAAUUUACUCAUGUAAUUACGCCUACGAUGGAAAAAUACCUACUAUUUAUAUGAACUUAUUACCUUUCAGAUAAUAUAACAAAA